CUUUCUAAUUUCAUCAUCUUUUUCUUUUUCUGAACUAGUACUCGUGUUUAUAUUAAUUCAACAAAAAGCUUAAAAACUCAUGAAUAGUUAGCUAAUUUGAAUAUAAAGACUAUAAAGCCGACAAUAUAUAUUAUGUAUCCUGUCGUAAAGUGGACCUCCUAACUCCACGCGGUCAUCGGCCUGCGAAUAAAAUAGUCCAUAUGCAUAAACUUCGAAUCGAUUCGGAUAAUAGAUCUCAGUUAAAUGAGACACGUUCUGUCACUAGUUUAUAAGUGUAGUGUAUUUAGUAAACAAGUCACAGUCUUCAGUAAUCAUUUACGUCUUUCACACAGUCAGCAGUGGGGCAGCAAUAAGCUUCAUCGAAAGAUUAAAAUACCGAAUCCUUUUCGAGAAAUCAUUAUGGCCGAUCCUAAGAUUGAAGAAAUCCUCGCUCCUUUGAGAGCUAAUGUGAAAGAACAAGGCGAUUUGGUUAGAAAACUUAAAGAAGAAAAAGCACCCGAAAUUGAUAUAAAGAAGGCAGUCGCUGAAUUAAAAACUAGGAAGAAGAUAUUAGAAGACAAAGAGCUGAGCCUCGCACCCGCGGAAGAUUUGUUUGACCGUGCUAAAAUGGAAGAUCUAAUUAAAAGGCGCUUUUUCUAUGACCAGUCUUUUGCUAUAUAUGGUGGAAUUACUGGCCAGUUUGAUUUUGGUCCUAUGGGAUGUGCACUUAAGAGUAACAUGAUCCACUUAUGGAAGAAGUUUUUUAUUCUUCAGGAACAAAUGUUAGAGGUAGAAUGCUCAAUUCUUACUCCAGAACCUGUACUCAAAGCCUCAGGUCAUGUGGAGAGAUUUGCAGACUUGAUGACCAAGGAUAUUAAAACAGGUGAGUGCUUCCGGCUUGACCAUUUAAUUAAAGGACACCUUGAAAAAAUCAAAUCUGAUAAGAACACCAAAAUUGAAUUGAAGGCAGAGAUUGAAGAUAUUCUUAUAAAACUAGAUGGAAUGAAUGCUGACGAGAUGUCAGCCUUGAUGAAAAGAUUUGAAAUGAAAUCACCUAUUAGUGGAAAUGAUUUAACUCCUCCAAUAGAAUUUAACCUAAUGUUUAACACACAAAUAGGCCCAUCAGGCUUAGUAAAAGGUUUUCUAAGGCCCGAAACAGCUCAAGGCAUUUUUGUUAACUUCAAACGUCUUUUAGAGUUCAAUCAAGGACGUUUACCAUUUGCAGCUGCACAAAUAGGAAAUUCCUUCAGAAAUGAAAUUUCACCUCGAUCAGGUCUCCUCAGAGUUAGAGAAUUUACUAUGUGUGAAAUUGAGCAUUUUUGUGAUGUUAAAGAGCAUCCAAAGUUUGAAUCUGUAAAAAACACUCAGAUGCUAUUGUAUUCUGCUGAUAAUCAGGAACAAGGUAAACCUGCAGAGCUAACAACCAUUGGAGAUGCUGUAUCGAAAGGCAUUGUUAAUAAUGAAACACUUGGGUAUUUCAUGGCAAGAAUUCACAUGUAUAUGUUGGCUGUUGGUAUUGAUCCUAAGAGACUGAGAUUCAGACAGCACAUGGGCAAUGAAAUGGCUCACUAUGCAUGUGACUGUUGGGAUGCAGAGUGUCUGAGUAGCUAUGGCUGGAUCGAGUGUGUUGGAUGUGCUGAUAGAUCAGCUUAUGAUUUAACACAACACACAAAAGCUACUGGAAUCAGAUUGGCUGCAGAAAAGAAACUUCCAGCUCCAAAACAGAUAGAAGUUGUUGAAGCCAUUGCCAACAAGGCAGCCAUUGGAAAGGCAUUUAAAAAAGAUUCCCAAGCCAUUAAUGAUACUUUGGCUACAUUAGACAACGCUGCUUUAGAAGAGAUGCAAAAAGAACUUGACAGUAAUGGUGAAUACACGCUUAUUACUGCUAGAGGAGAAUUCAAACUAACUCCCAGCCUUGUGAAUGUUAAGAAGACUCAAAAAACAAUUCAUGUAGAGGAAAUUAUACCAAGUGUCAUUGAACCUUCAUUUGGUGUUGGUAGAAUUUUAUACUGCAUUUUAGAACAUAACUUUAGGAUGAGGGAGGGAGAUGAACAAAGAACAUAUUUUUCACUUCCACCAACAGUUGCUCCCAUGAAAUGUGUUGUUCUACCCUUGAGUGGUAAUGCAGAAUUCCAGCCAUUCGUAAGAGAUCUUUCUCAAGAGCUGAUCACAGUUGAUGUUUCUCAUAAGGUUGAUGACUCCUCAGGUUCAAUCGGCCGUCGUUAUGCCAGAACUGAUGAACUGGGAGUGCCUUAUGCCGUGACUGUCGAUUUUGAUACAAUUAAAGAACCCCACACAGUCACCCUUAGAGAAAGGGAUAGUAUGAGGCAAGUAAGAUUGCCCAUGGCAGAUGUUCCCACAGUUGUAAGGGAUUUAUCUAAUAGCAAAAUAUUGUGGUCUGAUGUUGAGCAGAAAUAUCCUAAGUUUGAACAACAAGAAACUGUGAAAGGUACAUCUGUGUAACUGACGCAAGUUUGCACAGCUGCUUUUGUAGAUUUAUCAUUAUUCUCCAUUGAUUGUAUUUAUUGUUAGCUUGUGCUACCCAUUAUAAACAGAUAAGAAGAUUACAAUAAAUUAAAUAAAUUUUGCUGUAA